CCCAGUAGGCUCGCCCUCGCUGACUCCCCGCCCCCGCGUCAACUGCAAGGGGCCCGCCCAUAGCCAGUUCCGGGGCGGUUGCUCCCACCGACCGGAACUCCCCGCGGCCUCGGGGCCGUAGGAGGCAGCAGUGAGGAGGCACUGAACUGGGCUCUUGACUGGCAUCAUCUCUUAAUCCUCAGACCAUCCCAGGGAGCUCCACAGGAUCCCCAUAUCCUGGGCCAUGAGUGAGUUGAAAGACUGCCCCUUGCAGUUCCACGAUUUCAAGUCUGUGGAUCACCUGAAGGUCUGUCCCCGCUACACGGCAGUGCUGGCACGCUCUGAGGACGAUGGCAUCGGCAUUGAGGAGCUGGACACCCUGCAGCUGGAGCUUGAGACCCUGCUGUCUUCUGCCAGCCGGCGCCUGCGUGUGCUUGAGGCCGAAACCCAGAUCCUCACUGACUGGCAGGAUAAGAAAGGUGACCGACGAUUCCUGAAGCUGGGUCGAGACCAUGAACUUGGAGCUCCCCCCAAACAUGGGAAGCCCAAGAAGCAGAAACUGGAAGGGAAGGCGGGACAUGGGCCGGGCCCUGGCCCAGGACGGCCGAAAUCCAAAAACCUUCAGCCCAAGAUCCAGGAAUAUGAAUUCACGGAUGACCCUAUCGACGUGCCACGGAUCCCCAAAAAUGAUGCCCCCAACAGGUUCUGGGCUUCAGUGGAGCCCUACUGUGCUGACAUCACCAGCGAGGAGGUGCGCACACUUGAGGAGCUACUGAAGCCCCCAGAAGAUGAGGCUGAGCAUUACAAGGUACCAUCUUUACUACAGAUCCCACCCCUGGGGAAACAUUACUCCCAGCGCUGGGCCCAGGAGGACCUGCUGGAGGAGCAGAAGGAUGGGGCCCGGGCAGCGGCUGUGGCUGACAAGAAGAAAGGCCUUAUGGGGCCACUGACUGAACUGGACACUAAAGAUGUGGAUGCCCUGCUGAAGAAGUCUGAGGCCCAGCACGAGCAGCCAGAAGAUGGGUGCCCCUUUGGUGCCCUGACACAGCGCCUUCUGCAGGCCCUGGUGGAGGAAAAUAUUAUUUCCCCUAUGGAGGACUCUCCUAUUCCUGACAUGUCUGGAAAAGAAUCAGGGGCUGACGGAGCAAGCACCUCCCCUCGCAAUCAGAACAAGCCCUUCAGUGUGCCACAUACUAAGUCCCUGGAGAGCCGCAUCAAGGAGGAGCUAAUUGCCCAGGGCCUUUUGGAGUCUGAGGACCGCCCCGCAGAGGACUCCGAGGAUGAGGUCCUUGCUGAGCUGCGCAAACGGCAGGCAGAGCUGAAGGCACUUAGUGCCCACAACCGCACCAAGAAGCAUGAUCUGCUGAGGCUGGCAAAGGAGGAGGUAAGCCGGCAGGAGCUGAGGCAGCGGGUGCGCAUGGCUGACAAUGAGGUUAUGGAUGCCUUUCGCAAGAUCAUGGCUGCCCGGCAGAAGAAGCGGACUCCCACCAAGAAAGAAAAGGACCAGGCCUGGAAGACUCUGAAAGAGCGUGAGAGCAUCCUGAAGCUGCUGGAUGGGUAGCCCUCACCCUUGCCUCAGGCUGCCUUCUGGGGGAGGGGAAGGGAGGCCCACUUCCUUCUUUGGGCACAGGGAGCGUUGGCCUGUGGCUGUCCCUCAAAUGGUGGCAGUCUCUAGAGGACCGUGGCCCUUCCUUUGAGGUCUUUUGGCCUGCCUAGCUCUGUAUAGCCAGGACAUAGGAAGCCCUGAUGGGUUGGCCUGGGGCCUAGUCCGCUUGGUUCUCAAGAUGAGGUUGGGGGGGCUUCGUUUCUGGAUCUUCCUCUUCCCUCUCUUUACCAUCCCCUACUCCCUAACCCCCUACCCCUCUCUCCCCGUCAAGGACUUCUCCCUGUGGUUUUAUAAAGUGCAAACUAAGAAUAAAGUGACUGCUGUGGUUUUUCAAAAAAA